AUGACGUCUAUGUGCGCGUUCUAUGAUCUUGACAGGAACUCGGCUGGAGAAACAGCCAUGCACCUCGCAGCAACUCAACACUCUCUUCCCGGACUAUCGCUGCUCUUAGCUUGCGGAGCAAGUAUCAACGCAAUCGAUGGCAGGGGUAGAACACCACUUCACGCAGUGUGCGCGAGCGUCUGCGACAACGGUGACUGCGGUAGUGAUUCCACCGUUAGGUGCAUCGAGCUGCUCUUAUCCUCUGGAGCUUUGGAAGACGCUCGUGACGCCAUGGGUCAGACCGCGUUGCAUCUCUCCGCGCUUGCUGGUAAUCUGGGUGCAGCGCAAGCCUUACUUGCGGCGGGUGCCACGAUGAUGACCGAUGACGCUGGAAAUUCGCCGCUUCACGUGGCCGCUGCGCAAGGUCAUUCCGACAUUAUCCAGUUGUUCGUUCUUGGGAGUCAGGACGAAUCGGCUCGGAAGGUGCAGGCCUCAUCAGAUGCAGAAGGCAGACCUAACGGCCGUAGUCCUGCGGACAUUGGACGACUCCGCUCUGCUUAUGAUGGUGGGUCAUGUCCAGAUAGGAACGGGUCAGGGAUUGCUCCGGUCGGUGACCGUGAAAAGAUAACAUCGACGGCUGAUGGAGUGGCUUUCGGCGACGGCGAUUUACGUUUACAUCACCGAAGCAUCACGCAUCAAGUACGAGAGUUCGGAGCCAAAGAAAAAUAUGAGGAAGCAGCGCGGGAAAAGGGAGACGGGCGUUUUCGCAGCAAGGACUCCAAUUCUACGUGCUAUGACGCAACGAGUGGAACCGCACGUUCUAUGGGAAACGUGUACAAUUGGGGCGAACCUGCACCCCCCAAAUCAACCCUUUGCGACAUUGUCGAUGGCCCUUGUCGAGAACGUGUCCACCGUGAAACGAUGGAGUCCGGUUGGCAGAGCCGGACCGAUACUCACAACCGAUUGUCCGUAAAUUCCACCCGAGAUUCUAGUAGGGCCAGUGAGGAUGACAGCAACGACCACAGCAGGCCCGGCCGUCUUGGCUCGGACUACGAACAUCGUCGGCGCUCAGAAGGGAAGGGGAUGAACCGGAAGCACAGCAGGCGGUCACGACGCCGGCGCGAAUGCGAUCGACGAGACCGAACUCUCCGCUGGCCGGAGGCCCUACCCGCGCGCGAGUACGACGAGGUAAUGGGAGCCGUCCUCGCGGGGGGAGGAGACAACUCCAGUGUACCAUCGUGCUCGGCGUUGUCUACAGCCCUGUUCGCUGCAACGUUGGCGUCACGUUACAACGACGCAGCGGCCGUGAUCCGUCUUCUGGAAGUCUACGGGCGUGGGAUAGCAGACGUGCACGACGACAACGGCCGGACACCCCUUCAUCAUGCCUGUCGCGGAGACGACGCUGGCUUGGUCCGCCUUCUCCGGCGGGCUGGAGCCGAUCCCGACGCUCACGACUGCCAGGGGAACUCGCCUUUGGCAGUGGCCGCUGCCACGGGGAGCCUGGCAUGUCUGCAACUCUUGAUUCAGGGAGGAAGCGACGUCAACAACGCCAACGAAGCCGACGACACACCGCUACACCUUGCGGUGCGGCACGGCAAUAUAUUGUGUGUCAACGCACUAGUGGAGGGUGGUGCACAGCUCAGCCGGCGUAACACCCUGGGCUUUACCCCCAGGGAAGAUCUGCUCAACUCAGAACCCACGUUUGCUAGGGGCCGGUUGCCCAAGGUUCUUCGAGCAACGUUGGCCUACAUUCAAGACGCCGAGGCAUCAGCACCACAGCCCCAGUCUCCAACUUGGACAGCUCAGGAUGGCUACGGAUCUGAAGGCACACCGGCCACAGUCGUUUCUUCUCGCCGAAGCCCCAUCGGUGGUCCCUCUCGCCACGCCUUCGACAUUAACUUCAACUCCGGCCCCGAACCCCCUUCCGAGGGAGAGGGACCGCUUCAGCAGAUUGACACCGCCAGCGCUAGUGGGAAAGAAACCGAGGCCUUGCAUUACUACAGGCAUCACGCGAAGGGGAGAGCGCACGCAACCGCUACGGAUCGGCUAGAGCGCAAUCGGGAUUGGGAUCUUCGGGAAUUGCAAGGAAGCGGGAACGUUCUUGAGGGGCGGAAUGAAGACAAGACUUUUUCCAACGGCAGCCGACGAGGGAAUCGCAACAGGUUGGUACCGGUCUCUGUGGCAACAGAUCCUUUAUUCGGGUAG